UUCAGACACCUUACUGUUCGAUCUAGGCCAAAAGAACCAAGCAUGACAGGGUGAAGUAUGCCUUAGUUUAACCCACUCGUGGCUCAGUCAGGUAGGGCGUAAAUGCCUGGUCAAUUCUGCCUAGCAUUCUCAUGAUUCAUAUUAUAUAUACUCCUGCUGGUCCUGCUGAGGUAUAUAGCUUGCUUCCUCCCCUACUUUUUCAACGGCCAUCCAACACCAACUUCGUUGUCUUUUGUCUAUUCUGUUGUCUCGAGCAAUCUGAAAGUCUAGUACCAACAACGCGCGCAAGCUCUUUGACGAUCUCUCUGAACCUUUGACCACAGCUUUGAAUACCAAGCUCUACUUCAAACCAGCGAUGCCUUACUACACUCCCGCGCAAGAGCUCAACAGCUACAAGCCGCUACAAGGCUUCUCCGCAAUGAACAUUUCCUCUUUGCAGCGCAGUCCCCAGUCUCCGUUUCCCACCAGCUCCAUUGAUGAGACCCGGCUGCAGAGAAACAGCUACCGUGGCUACACUGAGAUGUGGGUAUGCUGCCAGUGCGGUGACGGACCCAAAGUCUUCCAGCAUCAGACGCAAUGCGUGAUGUGCACCCACAUCGCUUGCUCCUACUGCUCUCGUGUCAAGUAAACAUGAAGCACCAAAAAC